AUUGGUUUUUUCUCUUUAGUUAAUCGUUCUCCCAUCAAUCGCAUUAUUUUCUUCUUCGUCGUCGUCACAACUUCUAAACCAGAAGCUCUCUGUGUCUUCCUUCUUCCUUGUGCGGUCAAUCAAAAACGAAAUCAUUCAUUCACAAUCUUCCCAGCGACCAAAACCAAUUCUUAGGGUCCUUCCCCGCCAGCCGUGUAAAAGAGAUGCGGUAUCUCGGGGAAGAAGUCCCUGGCACUGCUUCUCAAUUAUCAAUCUCGGUUCUUCCCCAAAACCCUAAUUCAACUCUCACCCAUGGCGAGGUUUUCAACACCGGCGCUCCAGGGUUGUUCAAUUGGCUGUUCGAGUGCCACGGAUUUUUGCACAACGUCACUCUGAUUCUAGCUUCCUUAGGUUUCAUGCUCUACCUCGCAUUCCAGGCCAGGAAGAGCUUCACCAAGCUCUCGAAUGGGAGAUCACAUAUAAUGGUUGCUUACUACGGUAGUCUCUGGCUCGUCAGCUCGCUCAACCUCUGUUGGUCCCUCUUACAGGCAUUGGAAUGCACUCCUGGAAAAGAACAAACAUGGAAUGUGCUAUCUCUGUUUACAACAUCUGGAAUGCUUUUUUUGGAAGUUAGCUUAAUUGCCUUCUUACUCGAAGGCAAUUACGUGAGUGGGUUGGACGCAAUGACAAAGACCUUCGCUGUCUCUGCAAUUGUAGUUGGGUUAGACAUACUUCUCAAGGCACUUUACUUGUUUGGGUUCGGGAUUCCCUUGUUUAUCGACAUUGGCGAGGACUCUAAUCGUAUGAAGUGGGGCCUGUGGGCUGUCCAUCGGCUAGUUCUUACUGCAGUUUACGGCUUCAUCCUUUUCAUGUAUCAUUCCAAGUGGAGGGAAAGGUUGCCUGCAAGACCUGCAUUCUACAAAUACAUCGUGAUAAUGUUUGCCGUGAACACUCUGGCACUCUUCGCCUGUGGGAUUAGUGGAAGCGGAUCUGGUUUCGGUUACUGGCUGUAUAGCACCACCAUAGUCUCAUACCAUGCCUUCUACCUCCCUCUGAUAUAUAUAACCUUUCUGGCAGACUUUUUCCAGGAGGAAGAUUUGCAUCUGGAGAAUGUGUACUACUCAGAAAUGAAAGAUGCCGGCUUCUUCGAUGCUGAUUGGGAAUAAAUUUAUGUGUAAUGAAGAGCUUCUGAUCAAAACUCCCGCAACCAUACUGUACAUAAUUAACUUCCUUUUAACUACGUAGGGUAAGAAGAACCGUAAGGUCCACAUAACUUGAAAGCACGUUUCAUUUCAUUUAUGCUUUCACAUAUAAAAUGUAGCCUUCUUCCCACCAUCAGGCUCUUUCUAGCUUCUGUGCAUCCAAAAAAUGCCCCAACUUUGGAUACUUUGUCUGAGGAUGAGCUUGUAGAAAUCUUUGGAUAUGCUAGUUAACAAGCAACCGCAUUUUCUUUUUUACAUUUAGAUGCCAUGAAAAUUUCGCACUAAAACAGUGUUCUAUUACAUGAGAGGAAGAAAGAGGUGAAAAGAAC